AAAGGAUAUCCGUUCGAGAUGUUUUCGAUCAAAAAACUGGAGAUAUGUUGGAAAAUAUUUCUUCCGCUAACAGCAUACCGCCCGAGUUUCUGCUUCCACCAUUCUUAGCUGCUUGUGGACACUUCCUUGGAAAAUCUGUAGUUUGUCCUUGGGGAACCUGGAAGCAGCCGGCAAUAAUUUAUUCCACUACAGUAGGAUUUACCGGCACCAACAAAUCUGCUGCCAUAGAAAUCAUAAAGGGAGCCAUUCAAGAAGUGGAAUCUGCACAGGGAAUACCCUUUCAGAACUCCCGAAUUAACCAAUCUGCAACAGUGGAAUCACUUUUGAAACAACUCACACAAGAAAACAGGCAAAUUAUGAUGUGGGACGAGUUAAAAACUUGGCAAACAAGUCUUGGAUUGUAUAAAUCCGGCAGUGCGUCUGAAUACGACACAACCAUUUAUCUUACUGCGUACAAUGGUGGUUCCCUAAAACGGCAGACAUGCAACAGUAUGUAG